AUGGUGGCAGUAUGUAGUGUGUUUGCCUCACGGCAGCUGGCUCGCUCGGGAAUGAGCCUGUCACGGCUCUGUCGACGAAGCAUGAGCUCGACCGCCUGUCUCAGGGAGGAUAUCUCUCUCCGAGACUCUCUGAUGGCCGCCAAUGGGAAGGGUGCUGCAGCCGAUAAACAGCCAGACCCGUCUGCGCCCAAGGUCACUUACCGUCCACCCGCCGUCAAACGGGGGUCACUCGCCUCUGGCUCUAUAUUCGCCGACGGAGACGACGUCACGUUCUCUCCCUCGGGCCCGGUCCCUAAGCGGCCGUCGCCGUCCAGAACGGCGUCACCGGCCGAGCCGGCCGCGGGGGCAGAACACCCUACCGAUCUGGCGCGGCGAGACAGAGCACUGGUCGAACGGACGCUGAUCCCCCAUCCCAACCGCCGGGCGAGAUGGGAGCGGAAGAUGGUGAUCCGGGCCGUCAAGAGCCGCGGACAGCUGACGAAGGAGGAGAUAAUCCACCAGACCGAACGAGAGCUGCAGAGCCGAUCACACUUUUUCAAGACGUCGUUGAAGAAGCUGGGUCCGCUGGCCAGACAGGUGGCGGGCAAGAACAUCGACGAGGCGAUCCUUCAGAUGAAGUUUAGCAAGAAGAAGGCGGCAAAGGAUGUUAAGCUGUUUCUCGAGCAGGCCAGGAACGAAGCCGUUGUCAGCAGGGGGAUGGGGCUGGGCGUUAAAGACGGGAGCGAAGGGGCGGCCGGGGUCGAGAUCAGGUUGAAGGAUGGCAAGGCGUACACGGUCACGGACGAGACGGCCAUAUAUAUCGACCAGGCGUGGGUGAACCGUGGGCCGUACGGGACGGACUACGACCACCGGGCCAGGGGUCAGAUCAACCGGCUCCGGCCGCCGCACACGGCGCUGGCGGUGGUCCUGAAGGAGGACAAGACGCGGAUAAGGGAGUGGAAGGACCGCACGGAGAGGGCGUUGAAGGAGCGGAAAUCCAAGCUUUGGGUCCAGCUGCCCGACCGCAGGGUCAGCGCCCAGAGCCAGUACUAUAGUUGGUAG